AUGCGCUUCUUUUCAAGCAAAAUUUCACGUCAUCAUGGAGAUGCCCAAGAUGAUCUCGAUGCACUUUCCAACACGUCACGCCCAAAUUUCAUUUUAAAUUUUAUUGAAAUUCCUUCCGAAAUUUUAUUACAUAUUGCUGAAUUUAUGGAAUUGAAGAGCUUGUUUGCAUUUGCUAAAUGUCACUCCUCUCUUUUGAUGUUGUUAUUUAAUCAGGAGAAACACAAGAAGAUAGGGAACAAAGACCCACAAUCAGAUGAAGAUAUUGGGUUUGUCUUGGUACAAUUUACCAUUUGGAAACCAUUAGUGUGUUAUUAUUUUCCAAAAUUUGAAAAGUCUCUCAAUGUAAAGAAUUGGAUGCAUGUAUUAAGGAGAAGAAUUGAACAUUUGAAACUCCAUUCUCCCAAUAUGCUUCCUCUUCAACCAAAUAAUGCUUCGUCCUCUGCUUUCCAAAUUAAGGAAACACCUGUCAUGAAUUAUGAAGAAAACUUUAUUGAGAAUUGUGAAUGGAUUUACAAAUGCCCACUAUCAUUUGAUGAAUUAGGUAGCUCUUCGUUCGAGUCCCAUUUCUGUGCCACUUGUGAGAAAACAGUGUACCUCGUAAGGACUGUUUCAGAAUUUCAAAGUCGUGUCUCGAAUGGUGAUUGUAUUGCAUUCACGACUCGAGCAAAGAAGAAUACCAAAUUAAGAGGAAAAGUGGCAUACUUUCCUACUCCUGUCAGAUAA